UUUAACAUCAUAAGUAAAGGUUAAAGUUUAACUAGGUUGUUGGCGCUAACGCACACGGGGUUAUGGGUUAAUUUCGUCUUUCGUGAUAAAGCUGAUGUUUUCAAAACAAAAGCACACAAGUCAACUUUGCGUUUGCCUGGACACAAUAGCAAUCUGUGCUCUCCACUCAUCAAUAGUGGACUCUAGGACAUUGUAUGGUUAAAAGAAGACUUUAGUCUGGAAGAGAUUUGCGCGGUUAGUUCAAGUCUGCCGUUUAAUUCGCUUUGAAUUGGCUUUUAUUUUGUAAGCCGCAACCGGAAGGGCUAUUUAUUUUUCGCCUACCUUUGUCUAACUCGACUGGUACUGACGGGGAGGGAAAGAAGGAGGGGGGAGUGUUCCUGGUCUGUCGACUGGUUUGACUUGUCACAGGCGCUCAAGGGAAAACGAUGAAUUUCAGUCACAGAAAAUAGUUCGUAGUUAGCUACAAACAAACGUAAAGAUAACCUGGCAAACCGAGGUGCCGGGACAGAACAGCUGCGUAGGAUGGGCGAGCCGGCACAGACUCCGUUUAAAACCACAGGAUCCGAGUGGCUGCUGCCUGUCAGUGAAUACUUGGGCUUUCCUCUUGAUCAGGUGAAUUUUCUGGCAUGCCAGCUGUUUGCCUUAACUGCUGCCUUCUGCUUUCGUCUCUACCUCAGCCCGGCCCAUGUCAGUCCCCUGGCCAGGCACUUUGUUGCCGCUCUCCUCGGUAUUGGUUUUCUCGUCUUCUGCUUUGGAUGGUAUUCAUCUCACAUCCUGGCUGUGGUUGUUGCAAACUACCUGAUCAUCAUCAAAGCUGACCUCAACAGUGUGCACAGGUAUUCCAUGGUGAUAUCUAUGGGCUAUCUGACUGCAUGCCAAGCGGGCCGAGCCUUCAUCUUUAACUAUGGAAUACUUUCCACUGACUUCUCUGGACCUUUGAUGAUAGUAACACAGAAGCUCACCACGUUGGCUUUCCAGCUCCAUGACGGUAUGUGUAAGAAGACUGAACAGUUGACACAGGAGCAGAAGCUCAUGGCUAUAAAUGUGAGGCCUUCCCUCAUUGAGUACCUGAGUUACAAUCUGAACUUUCUGAGUGUCUUGGUGGGGCCAUGCAGUAACUACAAAGAGUACAUAGACUUCAUAGAGGGCAGACACAUCAGCACGAGGCUCAAGCAGCAGCAUGCCUCAAGUAAUCGGCAGAAUGGCUACAAUAAGACCCAGGACCCAUCACCUCUGAACGCCGUUUGUCAUAAGCUGCUAGUCUGUGCCGGCUGUAUGCUGUUCUUCCUUACUGUCACUCGGGCCUUGCCCAUAAAGUACAACGUUGACCCCGACUUUGUGAGCCAAGCCUCCUUCCUCACCAGGCUCACUUAUGCUUUCUUCUCCAUACAAGCUGCAAGGCCCAAAUUCUACUUCGCCUGGACAUUAGCUGAUGCAGUCAACAAUGCUGCAGGAUAUGGUUUCCUUGGGAUGGAUGAACAUGGAAAGCCAUCCUGGGACCUCAUCAGCAACCUCAACAUCAUCGGGAUUGAGACAGCAACCAGCUUCAAGACCUUCAUAGACAACUGGAAUAUUCGAACAGGAAUUUGGCUUAAAACGGUGUGCUAUGACCGAGCACCAAAGCACUGUUUGGCGUUGACCUUUAUCCUGUCUGCUUUGUGGCAUGGUGUUUAUCCAGGGUACUAUUUUACCUUCCUCACCGCCAUCCCCAUCACCAUAGCAGCAAGAGCUAUACGGAGGUCAAUUCGUCAUUACUUCCUGGGCUCCAGAGUCAUGAAGCUGGGUUAUGACAUCUUGACUUGGGCAGCCACACAGCUGGCCAUCUGUUACACUGUCAUGCCUUUUCUCCUUCUUGCAGUUGACCACACUAUAGUUUAUUACAGGUCCAUGUACUUCCACGUGCACAUAAUCAGCAUUCUGGCUGCAGUCGCCCUGCAUCGCAAACACAAACCCAGGGAACCCACCACCAAAACCUCCUCUGUGUCCUCCUCCGCUCCGUGCUCAGCCCAGUGCCAGCAUGUUCACUCCAACAACAAUGACAAAGACUGAAAAUCUCACUUUGCGUUCUUUUACCAGGCUUUUAGGACUCGGCCUCCUUUCAAAGACAAAUGAGUAUCCCUAGGGCAUUCAGCCAGCUUGAAAUGGGAAAACAUUGUGCUAUUUAUUUUUUGACUAUACAGAGUAAAGAAAAUUUGUACUUAUGGUACUGGAUGUGUACGGGGAGAGCCCUCUCCCAUGAUUGAAGCUCAUCAGGCAGACACUGAAGAAAAACCUCAGCUGAGGAAAUGGUUCUGGUACAACCACCACCACCAGAAUGCUGGCCCCCAACCCCCUUUCCCCUUUUACCUACUCCCGCUCUCUGCAGCUUUUCCUCCCUCCUUGGCCAUCUCACCAGCACCAGCCUGCCUCCUCCAACAACAAUACAACAGUGUGAAGAGAGUAUUGAGACUCACUUUCGUUCCUGUCCUCAAUCUGUGCUGUCCCACUGACUGGUGGGAUCUCAGCCAGCACAGCGGGUCAGCAGCUCAUAAACGGGCCACAAAUACCAGGACACAUGCACACGCAAACUCAUGCAUAAAUAGACACUAGGAAACAAAAACGCACAUAUAGUCGCUCUUAGACAUGCUUGUACUCGGUCGCAUUCGGGCGGCACACAAAGGCUGCCCUUGUGAGGCUGCAGAGGAGCAUGCCAAGAGGAGGCUGCACCCGCUGCACUCGCUCUGCCCAGAGGAUUUUGUAGAUCUGUGUGGGUGAUGGUUCGCCCCACUGUUAUAUCCCAACAGCCACUGUCAGUGACCCCCGAGUGUGUGGACCUAAUCAUGAAACACUAUGGACUGUCACAAUACUUCCACUGUUUACUGGCUUGGAUUAAAACCACAUGAAAAACUAAUCAGACCAUGGAGCUCUUAAGCUUUUUAGUGGAAGCCUUAAUAUUACUGUUAACCAUUACUAAUGUUUUUUAAUGAGUAUGGCAGCUCCUUCAGGUGAGGAGACUAGUAUUUUAUAGUUUCUAUAUUUCUUGGCUUCCCUCCCUGUGAACAAAAAGGAAAAGGUAAGAAAUAAAAUGAAAUCUUUUGCCC